AUGGCUGGGUUCACCGGAAUUACUGCUGUUUCAAAUUUGCAAAGUGAUAUGGCUUUGUUCAAGAAUGCGAUGAAAGAAGUCGCUGCUGCUCCUGAGUGGCGUACAUCUCGUCUCAUUGAACGUCAGAGAUGGAAUCCAUAUUCAAUGGAAGGUGGAUCCACAUGUGCCAUUUCGGGUGAAAAUUUCGCCAUUGUUGCCAGUGACACUAGAAUGACCCAGAAUGAUAUCAACAUUCUCACUCGUGAUGCCGAGAAGAUUCAUGUCUUGAAUGAUUCCAUCAUUCUCGCGACUUCUGGAUUCUACGGAGACGUUUUGCAGUUGAAGAAAGUCUUGCAGUCGCGUCUCCACAAGUAUCGCUUCGAUUAUCGUGCCGAUAUGUCGGUUGAUCUUUGCGCUGAGCUUCUCUCUAGAAAUCUCUACUCUCGUCGCUUUUUCCCAUACUACACUGGAGCCAUUUUGGCGGGAAUUGACGAGAAUGGAAAAGGAGCCGUGUUCAGUUACGAUCCAAUCGGUUGCAUCGAACGAAUUGCCUAUUCCGCUAGUGGAGCUGCUGAGCCAUUGAUCAUUCCGUUCCUUGAUUGCCAAAUCGGACACGUUACGGUCGCUGACGAUUAUGAAAGACCAUCACUUACUCUUGAAAGAGCUAUUUCGUUGAUGAAGGAUUCAUUCCGCGGAGCUGCUGAGCGUGAAAUUUCGACCGGAGACAAGAUUCAUCUUGUUAUCGCUGAAGCCGGCAAACCAAUCGUCGAGAAGACUAUUCCACUUCGUGAGGAUUAA